UUCAUUUGUUUUUAGUAAUGCCCAUGUUGAGGGUUAGGCACCAAAAAAAAAAAAAAAAGUAAAUUCGAAAACCGUAAUGAGUUUCCAUGCGAAUGGACUGGCAAGGUUUGAAUGUGGGUUGGCGGCGAUAAAUUGUUGCACAUAUAAAUUGCUUUGAUCCACAAUCAAUGCAUACAGAUCUUCCGUGAGAAACAACUCCAAAAAAAAUCAAUGGGAGUAGUUAAAUUUGCUGUUUCCACCUGAAUUCCGGGUUGGGCAGUGAAUGGGGGAAGUACGGGUGCUGCAGAAUUUUGUGGGCUGCCAAUCGGGAUUUGCAAGCACAUCCAGAAGGAUACUAGGGGCUCUACGGGCCUGUGUGCAAAUUUUUGAUGGUUGUGGGACAAUACUUGUGUUCGCCACCGCACCAGCUUGUACUGGACUUAUGGGUCUCGCCACGUCACCAGGUCAUACUGCAGUGCCGGUAUGUGAAAGACCAAGAUGUACUAGGCCACUGGUGCUCGCCAGUUCACCAAAAGGUAGAACGGUACUAGUAUUAGCACUCUUCUGCAUAUGAGAGUCAUCAAAAGUU